UCUCUCUCUCGUGUAUCCGCCCUAUUUGUCUUCCACCGCCUCCAUCCACUGCAACAUUCAGGCAGGUUCACCUAAUGUGCUUGUGCAGGCUCGGUGACGCCGCUGCUGUAUUUGGAAAUACUCGGUGAAUCGGGAACGUUUAGCGUAUCAAUCAGCAGCCAAACCUCAAACGACACUUAUAAACUACAGAUCCUGUAGAACAACACGACAUGGCAGAUCCAAUGACCCAAUCUUCUCAGAUUUCGUCGUCACAAGGCCUAAACGAUGGACAUUCUGCAUCGUCCAAAGACUCCAAGUUUUCCGAUUCCUUUUUUUCUUCGCCUGUAUCUCUCAUUCAGUCUCCUCAAGACAAAAGAGUGGUACUGGGUUCUGACAAACCUUCAGAGAAUUUGGCCACAUCUCUUCACUUUUCUUCUCAGUCAAGUUCCUUUUCACCAGUUGCUCAUGGAAUCGACUCCUCAGGAUCACCUGCUGACAACAUAGAUCGUACCUUCAAAGAGAAACGGGAGCUUUUUGAUUCAUCUUUUGGCUCUCAAAAGCAGGACUCCCCUAUAAAGACAUCCCCAGUGUCUGAGAGAAUCAAAGCACUAGAAGCUUUAGCUGCAAAGCAGAAUGAUUUUGAUAGAAGUGAUGGGGGGUUUCCACAUUUUAAAGAGCGUCACUAUGAGAAGUCCCCUACUGAAUCACAUGGAAUUUCCUCCCACUUGUCCUUUCAGAAAAGGGCAACAUCAAAUGAGCAGGAAUCUCCAGAAUCACGCUUUCAGAAAGGGAGCAUGUCAAAUGAACAGGAAUCUCCAGAAUCACCCUUUCAGAAAAGGACCAUGUUGAAUGAGAAGAAAUCUCCAGAAUCACCAUUUCAGAAAAGGACCAUGUCAAAUGAACAGGAAUCUCCAGAAUCACCCUUUCAGAAAAGGACCAUGUUGAAUGAGAAGGAAUCUCCAGAAUCACCAUUUCAGAAAAGGACCAUGUCGAAUGAGAAAGAAUCUCCAGAAUCGCCCUUUCAGAAAAGGACCAUGUCGAAUGAGAAGGAAUCUCCAGAAUCGCCCUUUCAUAAAAGGACCAUGUCGAAUGAACAGGAAUCUCCAGAAUCACCCUUUCAGAAAAGGACCAUGUCAAAUGAACUGGAAUCUCCAGAAUCACCCGUUCAGAAAAGGACCAUGUCGAAUGAACGGGAAUCUCCAGAAUCACCCUUUCAGAAAAGGACUGUGUCGAAUGAGAAGGAAUCUCCAGAAUCACCCUUUGAAGUGCUUGGAGAGGAAAGGCGUGGAAGUGACUUUGAGGACACUGCUGACUGGAUGAGAGCUCACUUACCUCCAGCACCAGAUUUCAACAUUGACGAUCCUGAUCUUGAAGAGGGAAAUGAUUCUUCCAUGGUGCAAGAGAGCCCAUCCAAAGUUAUGAAACCAAACAAUGUUGAUACAGCAGAAGUUCCAGAACCUUUUGCAGGAGUUCCUGAUCAGUUUAUGGACAGUCCCAUCAAAGUGCCAGAUGACAUCAAUCAGUCAAAGGAUGAUGUCAACAAGCAAUCAAAACAAGAGAGUGUUGAGGAAGAUUCUGAAUUUGACCUCAACUUUUUACCAACAGCCUAUAUGUGGGACAAACAAGAGAAAUCUGAUAUGGGCACUCAAGGCUAUCAGAUAUUCCCUGACAAUCAAGAGCUUCCUUCCUCCUCUGCUCCUCCUGCAGAUUUUGAGUCUCCAUCACCCCCUGUGUCCCAACAGAUGGAGCCUAGUUCUACACAACAUUCCAAUAUUUCAAAAGGAAACUUGGAACCUGCUGAAAUCCAAGAGGUAGACAGCUCUGGGGAGUCAGAUGAUACAGUGAUUGAGGAAACUAUGAGCAUCCCAACAGUGGGAGACAAUGACCUUGACACCAAAACCCACAAGGAAGAGGAGACUGUUCCAACCACUGAAAAACAGCCAAUUCAGGUACCUAUUAUCAAUGUAAUUGAAACCGAGGAGCAAGUUUUAAGUGAUGAUGAGGAACCACUUGAGGUGGAAGCGGAAGAGGAGGAGGAUGAGAAGUGUCAGAUAUUGCAAGGUGACGGCAAAAGGUCACCAGAGCAACAUGAUUCAGAUCUUCCAGAACAAGUAUCUUUGGAAACUCUACAUGAUGAGCAUAAACCUGACCAUGGCAUUUCCUCUCACACAAAUGAAAAUGACUCUGAUGCUGAGCACUCUCCUGAACACAAGGUGAUUGAAGAUGAUUAUGAAAGUGGCAUUUUUCUCCAGUCUUCUCCGGACUCUGGAGGGCUAAAUUCAGAGGACUCUCAAGAGCUUAUGUCUCAGAAUUUAGUGACCUUUGAACCCCUUAAAGAGUUAUCCCUUGAUAAAGACCUAGAUAAGACCGCAGAAAUACUUUCUGACUUUCCCCCUGACAUCAGUUCCCUCUCAAAUGAGCCCAGUGAUGUAGAGACUUACCUUGAUCAUUAUGACAGUGAAGAGCUUGCUCUAAAAGACCAGCUGAAUUUAUCUUAUGUUAAGGAAAGUAAGGGUGAGAAAACAGAGCUUUCAAAGUCAAGCUAUCUUCAAGAUAAUCAAAAUACCAAUGUUCCGGAAUCCUUUGAGCAUAUUCCUGUUGAUUUCAAUGAGACCCCAAACCAAUGCAGGCUAGACUAUGAAUCUGUGCCUGACCCUUCCCUGUCUGACCCUUCAUCUGAUAUUCUUGAUGAUAUUGAGACUAUAAUCCCUCAAAACAAAAUGGCAAGUGUUGAUUCAGAAGAUCAAAAGUCAUCAGUAGAAAUCAAGGCUUCAGUCUUGCAGGAACAGGAGGAGUUGCCAGUCCAGUCCAUUGAUCGACAGCCACCAGUUCAAGAGAACCCACCUGCACCAUUUCACUCUAUUCACAAUGAGCAGUCUAGCAAAAUCGGUGAAGAUAUUUCUGGCCCUGUGGCAAUUGAGGUUACUGAGGGAUCAGUGAUAACCAAGUCUGAACCUCAAGUUGUGCCCACCAAAGAUCUUUUAGAUAGACCGGAUUCGCCAGAGACCCUGAGUGAUACAGAGACGUUUGAAGCAGAAUGUUCCGUAACCGCAGCGACUGACAGCUUCGUGGAGUUCAUGAGGGAGUGUCUUAAGUCCCGGCAGGAUGAGGAACCUGAGGUCCUCAGUCCCGGACACAAAGCUAUAGACCAGAAUCCCAAAUCUGAUGCUCCUGCUUCCACUCAAUCAUCUCCAGCUAUGAUCAUGGACUUGGAGCAGGAGCGCCUCACAAUUUCUGCUUUGAAAGAGCUUGGGAGCAGCCAAGAGGAUGAAGACAAGGAUAUUCCCACUAUGAAGACUGUCCUAAAGCCUGAUAACACUCCACUUCCUACACCUAGACCUGAGGCCUCAGUCACCUCAUCUUCUCACACUCUUCAAAACAAGUAUCAGCCUGAUGCCUUACUUCCCAAAGAGGUAGAGGCAAUCGACAUUUGGGUGGCAGAGGCCUACCACCUUGCAGAGCAUGUCUUGACAGCAAUACUAACCCAUCUUACAGUGAAUGACCUGGUGCACUGGCGGGACCCUAAGAAGUCAGGUGUGGUGUUUGGUGUGUCGCUGCUGUUGCUACUCUCUCUGGCAGCGUUUAGCAUGAUCAGUGUGGUCUCCUACCUGUUGCUGGCCCUGCUGUGUGUCACCAUCUCUUUCCGCAUCUACAAAUCUGUCAUCCAGGCUGUGCAGAAGUCCAACGAAGGACAUCCCUUCAAGGCUUUGAUGGAGAAAGAUGUCACCGUGCCCCCCGAGACCUUCCGCAAGCACGUGGACACCUGUCUCACCCACGUCAACCGUGUGCUCAAGCAGAUGAGCCGCCUCUUUCUGGUCGAGGAUCUGGUGGAUUCCCUCAAGCUGGCAGUGGUUAUGUGGCUGAUGACAUAUGUUGGAGCGGUCUUCAAUGGCAUCACUAUCCUCAUCCUCGCCGACAUCCUGCUCUUCAGUGUACCGCCCAUCUAUGAGAAAAACAAGACCCAGAUUGACCGUUACAUUGACAUCGCACGCACUCAAGUCAACACUACAUUUGCCAAGCUUCAAGAGAAACUCCCAGCAUCCAUGAAGCGCUGUAAAGCAGAAUGAUCAUCCUCUCCGAUCCCUCGUUACCAUGUUUACCAUCCUUUAGCCGCCUCCCCUUACAAUAAGCCCCACCCCUUUCCCUCUUUUCCCCUGUUUAACCCCACACCUUAAAACAACCAUCUGCACUGAACCAGCUAGUAUGUAAAAUCUAAAAGGCUUCUUGAUAUUCAAUGUUAACUCUGCAGCUUAUUAAUGAGCAUUAGGAAAAGAAGCUUGGGGCUCCAGGAGCUGGUGUUUUUCAACACAAGAAGUGAUGUAAUGCUACUGGAUGCCCAUUUUGAAGACCAGUGCAUGGAAGGAUUUGUGAACUAGACUGAACUUAUGACCUGGUUUUGAGUGUUGGGUUAGGUGGUGCUGUAGUAAUGAAUAAAGACAGACAGUUCUAGACUUCAUGGAUUGGGACAUUACCAGCAGUGAUAAUUCGGUCUAGUUCACCCUCCUUCCUGUUAUUGGUGCAAUUUUUAAUUUUGUGUAUGUAUAUAUAGUUCGAUUACAACAGGCUCUUUGCUGUGAAGUAGUUAGUGUUGCUUUUUAUAUUUAAAAAAACAAAUAUACAGCUCUUAUAUUUGUCUCUUUCGCACCUCUCUCGCACUCAGUCAUCUGAGUUGAGUUCACAUGUAAAUGUUAUUGUUAUUACUCUUCAAAUAAUAUUAUAUCUCGAUUAGGAUGGCUGCUUUAAGUCCCCUGUCUGACAUUGGCUUCGUAACAAUAAAUAUGAAUAACCUUAAGAUUGAGUUUUAUGUAUAGGAUCGUCAGAGCACCAGAAUAUAGGAGAGGAAGGCAAUAAAUGUUGGCCCCACAAGUCAUCGAUUUUUGUUGAAAUGGGGCCAGUGCCCAUAAUUCAUGUCAUUUAGAAAAGUAAGACUGUUUUUUUUGUCAGCAUUUUGGGGCAUCGUUUACCACCUGAGGAAGUUUAAAUAUUUAAAAAGGCUGCAAAGAACUAUUAUUUAAGCUGGAUAAUUACACUUACUAAUCACAUGUUGUAACACUGUUUUUCCUUGAAAGUCGAAACCCCACUGUAAACAUUGUCGGCUUUUAGGAUACAACUACAAGGGUGAGUUUGUUUCUGAAAGGGAAGGGUAACAUAGUAAAAAUAGCUUCAGGUUGGGCCGCUGUGUUUAAAAGCAGCGUCAGUCCGUGCAAAAACUACUCAGAUGCAUUUAUGCACACAGUUACCACGUGAUAAAUGGAUUAUCUACCAUAUAUCAAGUUACAGUCAUAUUGUUGCUUUUGUUACUGCAUAGUCUGUCAGCUCCUGAUGGUUUUAUUGCAUUGUUCGCUUAACAUUCCAGCUGAUGCAGUUGGAAGCAUGUCCAAAUUGGAAAAUUGUAGUUUUAACACUAACACGUUCCAUCACAUUUUAAAAGUUUGUUUUCUAAUAUACUUUGAUUUGCUGUUCAUUAAUAUUUUUCUCUCUCUCUCUCACCCUUUUUGUGUAGUAUGCAUGUUUACACACAUGAUCAGAUUCAGACGGAAGUGUCUUGUCAUUGUGUUGCUUAACUAGCAUGUUCUACAGUCGAGAUCACAUGUGCGGUGUUGCUUUUCAAGAACAGGUCAAGCUCUGACAAUUUGCAUUACCACAUUGUUUUCUUUGCAUUUAAGGGUAAAUUAUGACUAUAUAACUAAUUUUUUAAUAGAUACAAAACUCUCUGUUUAGGUUCUUUGUCUUAUUAUCUGCUUUCUUCUCUUCUGAGGGUCAGUUUAAUAUUUGGUUUUGUUUUUGUUUGUUUUUUUAUGUAUUCCUGUAGUACCUUAGCAUGUUUGCUGUUUCUUUUUUCCUGUGUUUUUCUCUGAGAAGGGUUGACGGAGGUCACAUUCUUUUUGCUUUUGACUCUUGAAGACUAGAUGUGAUGACUAACAUCUACAUUCAGUUUGUUAGUUUUGAAUUAAGUUAAUAUGUGGGAGCUUUUGGGGGAAAAAAGAUGAAAACAGGAAAACGUGUGCUCCCUGUAAUGAUGUCAAAGUGAACUUAAUAAAAAUGCCAAAAGCA